AACAUAUUUUAGCGCAAAAUGUAGAAUUUAGGCUUUAGCUAAUAAAGAAUCUUUGCAGCUAGAUUUUAGGAUUCCCUUCUGGUCAUCACCGUUGCUUUGGCGUCCAUUCUUUGCAUUGCAGAGCCGAAAUCUCGCCCCGAUUUUGUCUGCAGAGAGAUGAAGAAACUGCCAACUAUGGCAUAUACGUCGAGGCUCCACCGCUAUUCUGUUCUCAUCAUUUUCAUUUAUUCACAAUUCCCAAAGAGAGGUAGGAGAAGAUUGAGGUUUUAAUAAGCAACAACCUGCGUAUGACAAAAUGGAAUCUUGUCCUGAUCUCUAUCCUUUGACGAGUUUGCAGAUUGGGGAUAUAAAGUCAUAUCUAUCACGGGCUUUCCUAUACUUUGCACCCACUAGCCAUAAAUUUCUGAUCCUGGUUGACAAUCAGUCAUGGUGGAAAAGCAAGCAUUCAAAAACAAAUCGCUUAAGGGAGUUUGUGAUCACCAAGUACAGAGUGUCACCUUUUAAAAAUAAUAGAGCUUUGCAGAGGUGGCCAAGUUUAGCAUACAAAUCCUCCAGCCAAGAAAAGAAGAAAUUUUUUAAUUGGUUGCCAGAUGUUAGCAUGGCUAGUGUCAGUGAAAAAACUCCAUUUUCUAUGAUGAAUCUGUACAAAGCUUUGCAUGGUUUCUUAGUGUUUGAAGUUGCUUGGAAAGACGUACGUGGUAUCAACUAUUUGAAUGAGCUUCAGACGGAUACAUCGCUUGCUUUAGAAGUGAAAGCACUGAGAAAAUGGGAAUUCAGUGGCAUUGAUCAAGCAUUGAGUUGUAUUUCAUUGUGGUUCUCAAGCACUCAAACUGAAGCACAAACCCUGUGGAGCAGUCUAGUCUUUUUGUAUUACAAAGUUCCUUCUUCUUCCAAAGGAAUCAAAAUUGCUUCUAAAGAGUUGCUGUUUAAUGCAUCUCAAGCUGCACUAUUUUCUGAAGAUGUGUUUUUUGAUGUUAGGGAAUGCCCCAUCGAGACAAAUGAUAAGUCUUGUAUGAAUAACCAAGUGGAAGAGUCGAUGCAUGGGAAAAGAAAAGAAAAUUUAUGGGAGGAUGGUAACCUUGAGCCUAUGGAAUACAAGGAUGCAUUUCUGCUAUUAGGAUUCAAUGACAGAAAUCUUCCAUUUAAAUUAAACCAAAUUAUUACCUCUGAUCUGAGGCUUCUCACUUUACUUGAGGCGGGUCUUCCCUCUUGGGUUAUCUUUCUUCAAUCGUAUCCCUUUUUCAAUAGAGUAUACCGUCCCUGGAUGCGCCCUGUAUUCAGAAUCCUUUAUGCAGUAAUCUCAUCCAUUACUGUUAUCAUUGGGUUUUAUGAUCUCUAUAAGAAUGUUCCACUCUUGAAGGCUGCUGCGUCACACCUUUCCUGGCCAAUUUUCAAGUGGAUUGAAUCAUGUGAUAUGAUUUCAAGAAUCUGGUAUCUUGGAACAAUGUUGUUCCUACAUACUUUUGAGAAAGCAGUUCGGUUGUUUCUAAUGAAGACACAAGUGAUGAAGCUACCUGUAUUGGUGCUUGCAAGGCUUUUGAUUCACCCACUUGAACGGUUGAUAGGAUUUCUUCUACCAGUAUGGAGCAUUUUCACUGGGAUAGGAGAUAAGAUCUGUAUGAUUGCAGAGGUUGUGAUACAGCCCUUAAGCAGCAUGUUAUUGGUCUUUGCUGAGGUUUUGUUCUCACCAUUGGAGCUUCUAUAUUCCUUUAUUCUAAAUUUAGGUAAAUUUGUUUAUCUUAUUUCAAGACUGAAAACUAGUGUUUCCCUACUUCUUUUGAUUACGAACUAUUGUUUAAAGAUGCAUUAUAUUUUCUUGUUCUCAAAAGCUUGAUUCUGCAUUACAUUAUUGUUAUGCAUCUUUCAGCAAAUAGAUAGACAGAAUUUUCUUUCUAAGCUUGAAACAUAAGCAUUAUAUUUCAGCUCUUAUUUACAUGUACAAACUUCAUAGAACUUAUUUGUCUAUGGAAAAUCUUCUUUUUGGAAAAUGAUGUACCCUGCUAUACUUCUUUAGAUAUAAAAAUCUGUUAAAUUCUCACAUCAGAACUGGGAUAGAGGUAAUGUGUUCUUUAUAAAGUUUUGAGCACUCUCUCCUUGAGCUAAUUUUUGGGAUGAGUUAAACCCAUUUUAUUUUUUUAAGAUGUUAUCAGACUGUUUCAUGCUCUAGGUGUUUGAUCCUGGGUUCGAGUGUGUAUUAAAUUUCCACAUUGGUUUGCGUUAGGGGUCAUGUGACUCUUUUAAAGACUUGGCACUCAUCUCCUUUUGAGUUAGCUUUUAAGAUUUAGUUAGGUCCAGGCCUACGAAAAUUAUAUAGAUAUAAUAUACCUAAUUGAAUUGAUUUUCCUUGUCACUUCUCAUGAAUAUUAUUGGUCAAUGGUUAAUAACUUUCACUUAAUGCUUUUAGAUAGGGGUGAGCACUGUUCGGUUAGAACCGAAAUAACCGACCGAACCGAUUUAAUUUAAUAAUUUGGUUCGGUUUUAAAAUAAAAUUGGUUCGGUUCGGUUUUAAUUUUUAAAAAUUUCGGGUUGGUCGGUUCGGUUCGGUUUUGGAGUCAAAAUAGUUCAGUCGAACCGAACCGAUCGAAUUUAAUCUUAAACGCAGCGUUUUAUUAUAGGGUUAUAUCAAUUCACUUCCCAUCCCACGUCCUUCUUCACGUGGCGCAUACCUUCAUCUCUCUCAGACCAAAUCCCUAAUCUCCAUCCUUCGCGUCUUCAGUCCCGUAGUCACAGCCACCCACCCCAGUCGCCAGUCCCACAGCCACCCACCGGCCACCCACCCUGCCACCCACUCGCCAAAGCCAGUCUCUUCUCUCCAUCCUUUGCCGCUUCAGUCCCGCAGCCACGGCCACCCACCCACCCAAUCGCCAGUCUCACAGCCACCCACCCUGCCACCCACUCGCCAAAGCCAGAGUCUCUUCUCUCCAUCAUUCGCGUCUCUCUCUCACGGCCAUCGCUCGCGUCUCUCUCUCAUAGCCGUCGCUCGCGAAACUCUUUUCACUGUAAGUUUCAUGAACUUAGCUUGUAAGUUUAGUUUGUAAGUUUCAGUGUUUCACAGCCGUCUCUCUCAUAGGCUAUAGAACAAAACUUGAAUCGUCAUCUCGUACCUAUCAUGCAUCCGAUUCACAGAAAGGUGAUUCACAACACCUAGCAUCCGAUUCACAGGUGAAAAUAAGCAAUGCAAUAGCCAAUGGCUCCAUGAAAGAAGCUGGUGAAGCUCAGUACCAACUCAUUGAUUAAGUAUAUUAGGUUAGAAGUUGUUGAUUAAUUUGGAUUUUAUGAUUAAUUGAUUGGAUUUUAUGAUUAAUUAAAUAUAUUAGGUUUAAAUCAAUUCUUAUUAGGCCCAAAUUAUAAUAUAAUUCAAUGAAAUUAGAAAAAAAAGCUCAAAAAUUGAUUUCGAACCGAACCGAACCAAACCAGUUCGGUUCGGUUCGAUUCGGUUUUCUGUCUUAUUUGGUUCGUUUCGGUUUACAUUUUGAAACAAUUCGGUUAAAUCGGUUUUGGCCAGUUCGAUUCGGUACCGAACCGAACCGACCGAUGCACACCCCUACUUUUAGAUGCCUCAUUCAUCUAUAUACUUGGAAAAGGUGAAUCAAUAUCUUCUACUUUCUGCUGCUUGUAUUCAUAUUUAGCUCCAAAUAAAUUGGUUAAUGGUGAAGUGCCUCAUUUUCUUUUCCCCAAUAUGGAUCUAAUUUUUAACCUUUUUCUUGA